AUGGAGGCGGACGAUCGCCGGAACGGCGAUUCGACGAGUCACAAUCACCGCGCCACGAAGAAGCCACGCCUGGCUGGGUUUUUAACCGAGUCGGAUAUCCGGUCCGAGUUCGCUCACCACCAGACCGGUGUUGCGAGAAUCAACAACGGCAGCUUCGGGUGCUGUCCCGGCUCCGUUCUCGAGGCGCAGCGUGAGUGGCAGCUUCGGUAUCUCCGUCAGCCCGACGAGUUCUACUUCAACGGUCUCCGCCGUGGAUUGCUGGAGUCUCGAACCGUGAUUAGUGGCCUAAUCAACGCCGAUGAUGUUGACGAGGUCUCGCUCGUUGAUAACGCGACCACCGCCGCAGCCAUUGUUCUUCAGAAAGUGGGACGGUGUUUCUCGGAAGGGAAGUAUCAGAAGGAAGACACCGUAGUGAUGUUUCACUGUGCGUUUCAGAGCGUGAAGAAGUCGAUUCAAGCUAACGUCUCGCGCGUGGGAGGCUCCACUGUUGAGGUUAGGUUACCAUUCCCUGUAAAUUCGAACGAAGAGAUUCUCUCAGCGUUUAGAGAAGGAUUAGAGAGGGGUAGAGCGAAUGGUAGAACGGUUAGGUUAGCUAUCAUUGAUCAUAUAACAUCAAUGCCGUGUGUGUUGAUGCCGGUGCGAGAGUUGGUUAAGAUCUGCAGAGAAGAAGGUGUGGAGCAGGUUUUUGUUGAUGCAGCUCAUGCCAUUGGUAGUGUUAAAGUUGAUGUUAAAGAAAUCGGAGCUGAUUACUAUGUGAGCAAUCUGCACAAAUGGUUCUUUUGUCCUCCGUCUAUCGCGUUUUUCUACUGCAAGAAACGUGGUUCCGAGUCUGAUGUUCAUCACCCUGUGGUGUCUCAUGAGUUUGGGAAUGGUUUGCCUAUAGAGAGUGCAUGGAUUGGGACUAGGGACUACAGCUCUCAGCUUGUGGUUCCAUCUGUGAUGGAGUUUGUAAACAGGUUUGAAGGAGGGAUCGAAGGGAUUAUUGAUAGGAACCAUGAUGAGGCUGUUAGAAUGGGAUUGAUGAUGUCAAAUGCUUGGGGAACGAAUCUUGGGUCACCUCCUGAAAUGUGUGUUGCGAUGGUUAUGAUUGGUUUACCUUCAAAACUGUGUGUUGAGAGCGAUGAAGAUGCUGAUAAGCUGCGGUCAUAUCUGCGGGUGCGUUACUCAGUCGAGGUUCCAGUUUAUUUUCAUGGAUUGAGGGAUGGCGAGGAAGGUGUGAAAGACAAAGACAAUGGGCUAAUCACUGCCUAUGUUCGGAUUUCUCAUCAAGUUUAUAACAAAACAGAGGAUUACGAGAGGUUGAGAGACGCAAUAACAGAGUUAGUCAAGGAUCAGAUGACUUGUCAAAACCUUCCUUCAGUGUAG